AUGCGAUUUCAAUCUCCCCAGGCAAGCAACCCUCCCUGCCGGAUCGGAUCGACGAUGCCUUCUUCUACCCCAACUGGACGUCAAACGAGAACGACCAGGGCCACGACCGCGGGAGGCAGGACCUUUCCCACGAGUUUAAGUCCCUCAGCCAUGAGGAGCGUGCGCCCAUCGGGGAUAAAGAAGGCGAGGAUGAUGCCGAUCUCCUCGCGCGCACGGUUCACCUCCGCUUCCUGCCGACUGGAAUGCGGCAAGGGGAGUUGGCGGAUCUUUGUCGGGAGUGUGGGGAAUACCUCCGCGUGCGGAUCUGCGGCAACGCCACGAGCAAACAAAAUUGGAUCUACGGCUUCGUCGAGUUCGCCACCCGCGACGGGGCGAAUCGGAUGA